GGGAGAAAAGACGGGAAGUGAGAGUGGGGGAGGCCAAACAAUCGCUAGGCUCUGUUCUCCUCACACAGACUCCUUCACUCUAGGCUACCAGCUCCAGUCUCUCUCCAGGCGCGGGGCUGUCAGCUGAGGUUAGCUGACAAGAUGAGGGCUUCUUGUCUUGCAGUAUGUCUUCUAGUCUUAGUUUUAGUUGUUGGUGAUUCGUUUGGGGAGCACAAAUUCCGUAAACAUAAGAAAUACCGACCUCGCCACCACAAGGUGGCAAACCCUCAACCGGUUGUGGAGUACCCAGACCGUCCUCACCCUCACCCUCAUCUGGAGGAGAUGGUGGAGCCUGCUCCGCUCAAUGAGUGGCAAGAGAUAAACCAUGAAGCUGUUUACAACCCUGAACCAGAGUCUGACAUCAAGAACAAUUAUGUGCCUAUUGUUGACCCAUGUCUCCACAAACACUGUGGUGCUGGAAGGGUUUGUGUGCUGAAUGAUGACGGAGAAGCUGAAUGUCCUUGCAUCCCUUCUUGUCCCUUGGAGAGCGACCCUCGCAGGAAGGUGUGCACAAACCACAACGAGACCUGGGGUUCAGACUGCGAGGUCUACCAGAUGCAGUGCUAUUGUGACGAGGAAAAUGAGAAGUGUACCAAGGAGGAGUAUGACCACAUCCAAAUAGACUACUACGGCCAAUGCCGAGAUAUGCCAGUUUGCCAGGAGGAGGAGAUGACAGACUUCCCACGAAGGAUGCGUGAUUGGCUGUUCAACAUCAUGCGAGAUCUGGCUGACCGACAGGAAUUGUCCCCUCACUACCUGAAGCUGGAAAGGGAGGCGGAGACCAAUCUGACCCGACGAUGGAGCAAUGCUGCCGUGUGGAAGUGGUGUGACUUAGACGGCCAUCCUCAUGACAGGAGUGUGUCAAGACAUGAGCUGUUCCCUAUCAGAGCACCUUUGAUGUCUCUGGAGCACUGUAUUGCUCCAUUCCUCGACUCCUGCGAUGUGGAUGAUGAUCACCGCAUCACUCUCACUGAGUGGGCCAAGUGCCUUGGGUUAGAAGAGGAUGAUUUAGAGGACCGUUGCGAGGAGGUUAGAGGAGAGGAAGAAGAGGAAUAAAUCUUGCUAUGUAAUAAAUAAACAAUUGACAAGACAGUACUAUUGUACCAUCAUCACUGACAAUAAUGUUAUUAAUAAGUGUUUAAGUAUGUUUGGUGACUAUUUGUAUAGUCAUACUUGUUAGUUUACUAGUAUACAAAGUGCUGUAACACUGCCAACUAUUAGUAUUAAGACUAUUGUAAUAAUUGUAAUGUACGUUAAUCAUUUUAAUAAAGUUCUGCUUUAUUCAUAA